AUGGGGCUCGUCAUCCGCGACAACGCUGAAUCCGCCAGCUCCUACGUGGCCGACUACAUCGUCGACCGCAUCAAGUCCUUCUCUCCUACCCGCACUCGCCCAUUUGUCCUCGGUCUCCCGACCGGCUCCAGUCCCCUUGGCAUCUACAAGUGUCUUGUAGAGAAGUACAAGGCCGGUUUGGUCUCCUUCGAAAAUGUCAUAACCUUCAAUAUGGACGAAUACGUCUCCCUUCCCCCGGCCCACCCUCAAUCCUACGCCUCCUUCAUGCACGAUAACUUCUUCUCUCAAGUCAAUAUCCCCCCACAAAACACCAACCUUCUCAAUGGCCUCGCUCCAGACCUCGCUGCCGAGUGCUCACGCUACGAAGCCAAGAUUGCUGCUGCCGGCGGAAUCGACCUGUUUCUUGCCGGCCUGGGAGAGGAUGGACACCUAGCUUUCAACGAGCCUGGUUCCAGCUUGGCCUCACGGACGCGUGUCGUGGCUCUAGCGGAGGAUACCAUCCUUGCAAAUAGUCGAUUCUUCAAUGAUGAUAUGAACAAGGUGCCCCAGUUGGCGUUGACGGUGGGGGUAAAGACGGUCCUGGAGGCGAGGGAGGUGCUGAUGAUUGUUCUUGGUGCCAAAAAGGCGAGGGCGUUGAAAAAAUGCGUGGAAGGGGGAGUGAGUAGUAUGUGGACUGGCUCGGCAUUGCAGAUGCAUGAGAGGGCUAUCGUGGUUUGUGAUGAGGAGGCAGCGGGGGAACUCAAGUGGAAGACGGUCAAGUACUUCAAAUCGGUUGAACGCCGAGAAUCCGGCCACAACCACGGUCUUGACCGGUCCCUGCCCAUCAGGAAGGGCCUUGGUACCCCGCCGACCAAGCUCAAAACCGCCGCUGGACCACUUACACCAGAGUCGACACCAAAAGCAACUGCCACCCACUCCUCGUCUUCUCCCAUUUCCCCGUUGGCACAAACGGUGCCAAUACUUCUCACCACAAACGACGAGCCAGCCCAGUCCUCAGGCUACACGGCUUUGGAGCAAAAGAUUCUAGCCCAACCCGUACCCAAAAGUCAUGGCCUCCUAGGACUCCUCGGGACCUCAUCAUAUGGCCAUACAUCGGAUGGGGACUCUGAAGCUGAGUCGGAGUAUGACCUGAAGCCAGACAGGAUGGCAUCCAGGCUAACUGAUCCCGUUUUUGCUGCUGAAGCGUUAAGAAGAUUGACGCCUAAUCCCGAAAAGGGGAAAAUGCUUGGGUAG